ACGGCGCGCACGCGCUUAACUCAAAGGGACGGGAGCUAAGGAGUAACCUCCAGCUGCUGCUCCGAAAAGGGUCUAGUGAUGGGAGCAUUCAGCCGACAGAAGUUCUUCCAACAGCUUGCUCAUGGCUGCCUGCUGCCUACAGCUCAGCAGGGCCUGGAGCAAGUGUGGCAGCUGCUGGUUAUCUGCCUGCUGUGUCGGCUUCUCUGGAUGUUGGGCCUCCCUUCUUUUGUGAAACACCUGUCCACAGUAGCAGGAGGUUUCUACACUCUCUACCUGUUCUUUGAGCUUCAUAUGAUCUGGGUGGUCCUUCUCAGCCUUCUCUGCUACCUCUUCCUCUUCCUGUGCCGCCACUCUACCAUGCGAGGCACCUUCCUCUCCAUCACUGUGCUCAUCUAUCUGCUGCUGGGAGAGCUGCACAUGACGGACACCACCAACUGGCACAAGAUGAGAGGUUCACAGAUGGUGGUUGCCAUGAAAGCCAUCUCUCUGGCCUUCGAUCUGGACAGCGGCGUCGUGACCAGCGUCCCGUCGCCCAUCGAGUUCAUGGGCUAUAUUUACUUUGUGGGCACAGUCAUCUUUGGUCCCUGGAUCAGCUUCAACAGCUACAAAGAAGCUUUGGAAGGACGUAAGAUGAGCUUGUCAUGGCUGUUAAAAGUGUUUGUUAGCUGGGUGAAGAGCCAGAUCUGCCUUGUUAUUUCCAACUGCGUGGCACCCUACCUCUUCCCUUAUUUCAUACCGGUCUAUGGAGACAAGCUACUGCGAGGUAAAAAGAGGAGGAAGAUCAGAGGUACACCGGCAAAGUGGUUGCUGGCGUAUGAGAACACAAUGUCUUUCCACUUCAGCAACUAUUUUGUUGGUUAUUUGAGUGAGACCACCACCACUUUGGCGGGAGCAGGCUUCACAGAGGAGAAAGAAAACCUCAAAUGGGAUAUGACUGUAUCCGAGCCACUGAAUAUAGAAUUCCCCCGGUCGAUGGUGGAGGUGGUAACAUCGUGGAAUCUGCCCAUGUCUCGCUUUCUGCACACCUAUGUUUUCAAGAGUGCUCUCAAAUUUGGGACGUUCUCCGCCAUCAUGGUGACGUAUACAGCCAGCGCUUUCCUGCACGGUUUGAGCUUUCAUCUGGGUGCAGUACUUAUGUCUCUGGGGUUCAUCACGUACAUUGAGCACGUGUUGCGGAAGAGGCUCGCAGCCAUUUUUAAUGCCUGUAUCCUGUCAAUGAGAUGCCAGCCAAACUGCACUCACCGGAACAAAAAGAAGCUGUGGGUGUAUGUGAUUAACAUCGCAUUCAGCGCGUUGGCGAUACUCCACCUGACGUACCUGGGCUCUGUGUUCAACUCCAGUGUGGACUACAUGGAGGAUGAUGAGGAUGACAUCACCCAUCAAACCAUCCAGAAGUGGUCCGCGCUGAGCUGGACAAGCCACUGGGUCACAUUUGGAUGCUGGAUAUUGUACCGCCUCAUUCUCUAAUAGUAAGAGGUGAAGCAAUAAUGAGAGCUGUAAGGUUGGUUCUCCAUCUCUGCACUGUGACUUUAUUCUGCAUCAGACCGAAGAGAACAGAACCAACCCGGUGUGCAACAAUAAACCAACGCGCUCACACGGUUGGCUGGGUAAUCUAAUAAUCCGACCUGCUGGGGACUAGUUUGAUAUCCGUGAAAUGAUAGCCCACUCCCCCUCCCUUUCUCCAUAAAGCAACCUUUAUAUCUGAGCCGCAGUUGCCGGGCCCUCAUGUUGUGACAGCGGUUACCGAUGUCUCACUGUGAGUCGCAAUCAAUACUUAUCAUCAUGGCGGAGAUCGGCUGCUCCUUUCUGUGGACACACGAUAGAGCCUAUUAUCUAUAGGUUUCAGCGUCGACUGCGGCAGAUGUCCUCCAGAUGUGGUUUCCCUCUUCACCCCCUCCCCUCAAGUGUUUUUUACAAUCGUAUUUAUAGGUUUAAAGAUAAGGCUGGUGUGUUUUCUACCGUAUUCUUAUUUUCAACAAAUCCUGUGAAAAGGAAAACAAAACCCAAUAGUCUCUGGCUCUCGGCUCUCGGCCCAUUCUAUAUUUAAAUGUUAAAAAAGGCUGAAUGAUUUUCUAAAAUACCUUGCUGCAGUAGAUUCUCAAACAAGAGUAAAUAGUACAUUUGUUAUAAACUAUUUUCAAUGAGACAGAAGAAAGACUUUGGCUAAGACAACACUCGUUAGAAUAAAUACAUGUAUGGAUUGAGUCUUUUCAUAGGAUUUGUUGGCAUUUAGAAAAAUACAGAAUACUCCAGACUUCUUGUGUACGAAAACAAAGAGUUUUCUUUUGGAUGAAAAGAGCACAGUUUAUGAUUAUGAGGCAGCACUUGCAAUGUUUAAUGAUUUUACCUUUUGUGGAUUUUAGAUCAAGAAAAUGAAUCGGUAAUCUAUGAACACAUUUUUGUGGUGAAAUGUCCUAAUGGUGUUUGUAUUUAGUUUUUAGUAUUUUUUUCUUUCACAAUUUGUGUUAUUUUUCCUUUGCUUAGAGAGACGAGCUUAUCGGUAUAUGUGAAUAUUUGGAAAAAUGUUUUCACUCCAGUAUUAAAAAUAAAGGUUUAGAAUCAGUAUUUCACACGUGUGACUAAGGGGGAAAAUGUUCAAACUUCUUUUGUAAUUUCAUAGUGGAUGAAAAGAUACAGUACAUUACAUUGAAUAUUAUUCCUUUAGUACAGAUCUUUAUCACAACGCUGCUUUAAACGGGACAUUUAUGUAAUUGAUGAUUACUUUAUGAAAGUAUUAAAGCGUCUGUAUCAGAUUGUGUUCCCUCUCUGUCUAUCUUUCUGAAAUCUAGGCAUCAAAAGGAUUUUAAGAGAGCCUGAAUGUUUGUUCAUGCUCAGUCUCGUCAGACCUAAUAACACUCAAUCUGACAAAUACAGUAUAUUAAAUAUAAUUCUGAUAUUUACUUAACUUUUCUCCCUGUAAAUGUGAAGGGACUGAUACGUCUGUGAUAUUUUUAUAAAAUUUUACAUCAAACCUG